AAAAGAAAUUCUACGCCGAGUCAGAUCUACUAAUUCAUCAUCUUCAACCUCUCCGAUGGCUCUCGAAUGGGUUGUAUUAGGCUACGCAGCCGCCGCCGAAGCGAUCAUGGUCAUCCUCCUAACCAUGCCUGGACUCGACGCGCUCCGCAAAGGCCUGAUCGCCGUCACGCGUAACCUCCUGAAACCGUUUCUCUCGAUCAUCCCUUUCUGUCUCUUCCUCCUGAUGGAUAUCUACUGGAAGUACGAGACUCGACCUUCCUGCGACGGCGAUUCGUGCACUCCGUCUGAGCAUCUCCGUCACCAGAAGUCGAUCAUGAAGUCGCAGCGUAACGCGCUCUUGAUCGCGGCGGCGCUUGUGUUUUACUGGAUUUUGUAUUCUGUUACGAAUCUUGUUGUUAGGAUUGAGAUGCUUAAUCAGAGGGUUGAGAGGCUUAGGAAGAGGGAGUAAAUGCGAAAAAAACGUCGUCGUUUUGGGGGGGUUUUAAUGGUCUCUGCUUUGUUGUGUUUUUUUUUAUGUGUUUUCGUUUUUUUUAUGCUUUUAUCUUGUGGAGAUUGUAAGGAUCUAUGCUACUUUUAUAUGUUCUUAUACCUUUAGUUUAAUCCUCUGUGUUUUGGUCUCUUAUAUUUGUUACAGUUUUCUCACUUGAUUAUACUUUUUUUCAUCAAACUUCACACUGGUUAUCUUGGGUAGUAUAAUGAAUCUGUUUGCAACCAUGAUGAACACUGUCACAUGUAUGUCAUUGACAGUCUAAAUCACUUGAUACUUUCUCUCAAAAUAUUUACACUUGGGACCUUUGUUUGAUUGUGCUAGAUUAUCUUCUUAGUUGAUAUGACGCAUGUAUCAGACUAAGUUAUUUUGGUUGCAUCAUGUUGCAUCUGAUUUGUGAAGGAGUCCCAUGAACUUUAAGAUUAC